CUUCUCAACUCCAGCUUCGCACUUCAGCAGCUGAGAGAGACUACCAUUCGGGAGGAGCCGACCCCAGACCGACUGGCCGCCGAGCAUGCGGGCUCAGCCUGCUCCUCCCUGCUGAAUUCGGCCUACAAUUCUCUCAACCUCUCUGAGCAUGCGGAAGAACGCUUCGACAUUCCCAAGUCUGUCUCGAUCGAAAACGAGGAAUUCGACAUCAUCAACCCACUUCGCUCUAACAUCGCGUCAGUGUAUGACAGGAGAGUGGUGGACGAGUCGUCCAGUGCUACCUUGACCCGCUCAUCAUCUUCGCCCAGGGUCCCAAUGGCUCACGACAAAGCGAGUCUGUCUCCCUCAACUCUUCAGAACGGCAGUCACUUUAGCGAGCCAUCCGCACCAUCGUCGGUGGGCACUUCAGCUUUCCAGAGAAGACAACGUCCCCCCGUCCUCUCCUUCGAUGGGGCUGUCGCAGAUGAAGAGGCUCUGCUAAACCUUGCCGCCUCAUCCGCCGCGUCAAGCUCGUCCGGUGAUCCCGAACAAGCGGCUGUGACAAGAAGACUCAGCACUCUCGGACCCAGACUCAGGAAAAACGAGCCAGCUCCAUGGGAGCUCGAAGAAGGAGACGACCUUCUUGCUCAAAGUCACUCCGUGGUCUCUACAGCUCUCCACCCACCCCAUUCGCCUGGAGCCUUUCUCGAUAGCUCUCCGGCACCUUCGUCGCCGUGGUCCAAACUGACUCGCGGCUCACUCGAACAAAGCCGCGGCGACACGCGGGUAAAAUCUGGCCCGGGUCUGAGCGUAAGGCUUCGUCGUCCAAGCGGGGAGGUCAACUCACUCAGUGCCUUUGACGGUGAUACGCGAAGAAGGGCCGCCUCUGCUUCAGGUUCAGGUCUGCCCUUGGGACCACAAGCCAAGACGAAGUUCGGAAGCAAGCCUUGGUCUACCGAGAGUGACGGUGGCGUCUCACCGCUCUUCACGGGUUGGACCACGCCAGAAUUUCUGGCAAGGCCUCGUCAAGGUUCCAAGGCGUCAUCGGGAUCCGUGGGUCUCAAGUCUCCACAUCAGCUUCGAAUUGACAGUGGAAGCAGCACUUCAGAAGUGCCGCUCGGCAUGCCAGACGUAGUGCAAGUCUCCAGUACAACUUCGACUGCCUCCGCCAACAGCAAUGCUACACCCAGCAGCGCCAAUCAGCCAAAGAAGACAUCCUCCGCCGGCAAAGUCUUGAAAGGACUCGGCUUAGGAGGGAGUGCGACUGGCUCGGGCAGACGAGAAGGCAGUGGCACCGGGAGUGAUGGUGACGGAUUUGGCGCGAAACAGGUGCGCAUCAACAACAUCAAGCUCGUGAAGUCGCUUAAGAAGAAGGGAGAACGGGACGAACUCAGCCUUGAGAGGGGCAUCAGCAGCGAAGGAUAUGCGAAAGCCAUCGAAGAGGAAGAGAAGGCUAGAGCCAAUCUUCUCAAAGGCACACAGGUCCCGCCCGCACGUUCCCAAUCUCCUGCUUUGUCUUCUCGGCGACCAUCGAUCGAGUCGAUGAACACUACUGCCUGGAGAGCAGCAGAAGCGAACAGAGGCCUCGUCAACCCUUUCACCAAGCUGGCCCCUGUCAGUGAGCCUCUUUCGGAAUCCUCGGAGGUCAUUCCGACUCCUCCAGUGACACCAGCAACGCCAAACAGAACUACCAGCCGAAGGAAGUCUGUAGAUUAUGCUCAAGUUCGUUCCACUUCAGCUAACGACAUAGAUGUCGAUACAGAAGGGCAGGCACAAACGCAGACUAACACAACUUGGAGACAACAGGCAGAUGCUCUACCGCGGCAGGCAUCUGAUGUUGAGCAGUCGAUGCCAACUGACGUCUCAACCACGACUGAGCCCCUUCUCGAAGAAGCACCUGGUGUCGAAAAUGCUGCAUUGAUGGGGGCUCCGUCUUUCCCUGCAAAUGCCUGCCCGUCCACAACGUACCCUUUGCCUUUUGAGGUCGAAGAUGCUGCGCGUAAAUUCUCACUGCUCUCAAAUUCGUCGACAAUGACUAGCAAGGUUGGCGACAACUCGUCACCACUCUUCGCUUUUCGCGAGGGAACCACCUCUCCCAAAUCGAGCGGGCUCCCUCUCAGAUCGCCCGCAAGCAACCACUUCAGUGCAAGAUCAGUCGCUAAGAGCAUGGGAAACCCCGCUCAAGAUGACAUCACAUCCAGGAGUGCGGCGAUGCAAGGCGAGAGUGUACAUCGGCCUUCUACACCUUCCUCUACAAACAAAGUGGGUCCAGGCGGCGGCCCACCAAAUCCGAUCAGUGGUACGGAGUUAUCUACUCCAAUCCAUCUCGAGAGUCAUACCGGUGACAGCACUGACACCUCUACCCUCGAAACUGCUGUUUCGUUCGGUGCACCAGUCGUUUCUUCUCGUGGUACCACUCUUCCCAUCCCGGGCUCACAUGAGGGAGCCCAGGCUCAGCGAGUUGGCAAGGACUUGGACUGUGGGCCUGUGUCUACCGCUGCGGAACGUGCGUACCCUAGCAAGGCUCCUCAGCUCUCGUUAUCUCCUGAUCCUGUUACGCUAGAUCAGCAGCACCACACUACCGGCGAAAGCAUGCCAGCGGGCUACUUGCACGCCUCCGGCGGCCAUGCCGCACGAGCACUCAAGAACAAGAAGAGCGGUUUGUUGAAGCUAUUUGGUCGCAAGCAGGCAUCUGAGACUUCAACGCAUGACCCUGAUCGGCAGCAGGAAGUUUCUCCUGCGAUGCCCUCUCUGCCGCGAGGCAUGACCACGCGUGAUGCGAGCGCUGCGAACGCCGUGGACGAUCUGCCAUCGCCGUUGCCUUCUUCAACGGAGUCUAUCUUCCUCCUCCCUGCUGACGAAGCCGUUCCUGCUCUCGGUGCUCUUCGGCCGAUGUCCAGCGGAAAUUUGCCAAUGGAGUCGCUCACAGGAGAAGACGAGGAAGAACCGCCUAUUGACGAGGAUGGCGCUGUCCGGUCCAUGAAGAACGGCGUGAAGGGCCCUCCAGCUCACGCUGCUGUCUCUGCUGGUGUUCGACCUGUCCGUCCACUUCGCCCCGAUGGAUUUGGCGGAUUGCUCUAUGACCGGGAUUUGACUCCCACACCCAUCACCGCCGCACGAAGCUCUUCUCAGGCAGACAACUCGACAGCUGCGCCCCUGCUUGGCAUCUCUGGUCUUCAUUCACCGUGGACCAAGCAAUACACGGAGCCCUCCCCUACCCAGGCUUGGCCUCCAGCAGGAAGAAGUACUCCUCACUCAAGCUGGCAAGAGACAUUGAGCGCAACGGACAGAGCGGCGGUUGCCUCCUCAAUCGGCUCACACUCUUUCACUCUGGCCAACUCAGCCAAUCACCCCACUGACCAAGCCUCGCCAUCUUUAUUGGGGAGUCUGCCAAUUGGUCCGGCCUCACAGGGCGCGCAAGCACAGCUGCGAGACAGAAUUCCAGAGUUGACCCGCCUGAGGUCCAUGUCCCUCCCUCCGGAGUUUACUCCUCCUUCUCCCGACGCGACUCGGGACACACACCCGGAAUCAGACAUUGGUCAUGGCGCUGCAGCCUCAUCCCCUUCGAACAAGGUGGAAGCGGUUGGCUCUUCCACAGCGAGCCCCAGUGCAGUGAAGAAGCGGGCCGAAGCUGUUGGUCCUCCUUCCUUCCUUUCCUUCCAGUAGCGAGGGUCUAGUAUCGGGUGGGGUCCUCCUUCCUUCCUUUCCUUCCAGUAGCGAGGGUCUAGUAUC